CUGGCCUGUGCUAAAAAUGACCCAGAAGGUGGUCCUGAUCACGGGAUGUUCCUCAGGCAUCGGCCUGGCGCUCGCCGCGCGCAUCGCCAGGGAUGAGAAGAAGCGCUUCAUGGGUAAAGUCUGUAAAUUGCGUUGUUAAUCGUUGACACGAUGCUCCGAGCCAGGUUUGCUCUUCUGCGGUUGCUUUGAAAUAAUUCCAAAUCUUGUUGAAGGUGGCCGCUCUCUGCUAAUUUUCAGAGCAACAGUUUGACUUAUAAUUGUUACAAGACUGAUCGUCCAAAAAAGAAUUGCUGAAUUAAAGACCAAUUGAAAGUAGAGCAUUGAAACAACGCAAUGGAAAGAUGCCUCGUUAGACUUUAUCAAGUUUUCAAGUAUUAUUUAGACAGCCUCAUUAUACUUGAUCAAAAUCUGGGUGGCGCUGUCCGAAAAACUUGUGCUUUGGCUGUGUAGUACAUUUUUGAGUAGAUUAUCAAAUGCCGGAUAUUUUUUUUAAAAGAACAGUUAAGUCGUAUUGACCUUUUAGGUCGAGUACAAAAGCUGCGUAGAAGAAUCUCUCAGCUUGGUGCAUCGCCGACCUGUUGUAGCUGUCGUUUUGACUAAGGCUUUGGCAGAGGUACCAUUUCAGUCAUGAUGCUCGUAUUUUCGGAGCUUCAAGGAGCCGCUUGCUGUGAAAAGUUUGACACCCACAUGUAUGCAUGCGUCAGUGUACGCCACCAUGCGGAACGUGAGCAAAGGUCAGGCGCUGGUGGAGGCGGCGGGCCGCAGUCUGGGCCGCACGCUGGAGAUCAAGCAGCUGGACGUAUGCGACGAGACGUCCAUCAAAGCCUGCGUGGACAGCCUGCCCGAGCGCAGGGUGGACGUCCUCAUCAGUAACGCUGGCAUGGGGCUGAUUGGCCCCAUCGAGUGCCAGUCGGUGGACGAGAUGAAGACGGUGAUGGACACCAACUUCUUUGGCCUGGUCAGGCUGCUCAAGGAGAUCCUUCCCGACAUGAAGCGGCGCAAGAAAGGCCACAUCGUGGUCAUCAGCAGCGUCAUGGGCAUCCAAGGGAUCCUCUUCAACGACGUCUACGCCGCAUCCAAGUUUGCUGUGGAGGGAUUCUGCGAGAGUUUAGCAGUGCAAGCGCUCAGGUUCAAUCUCAACAUCAGCCUGAUCGAGCCGGGUCCGGUCAUCACAGAGUUUGAGCGAAAGGUGUACGAUGAAGGACUGAAAACGAACCUGAGCAAUGCUGACGCAGUGACGGCAGAUAUGUUCACCAACAUCUACCUGAAGAACUACAAGCAAAUCUUUGAGACGUUGGGACAAACGGCAGAGGAUGUGGCUGAGCACACGCUAAGGAUCAUGACGUCGGACAACCCUCCGUUCCGCCACCAGACCAACACGCUGUACACGCCCAUGACCACGCUCAAGUACGCCGACCCCAACGGCGACCUGCCCAUCGACACCUUCUACAAGAUGGUCUUUGAGCAUGACAAGAUCUUCAGUGCCAGCCUCAACUUUCUCAAGCUGCUGCGUUGGAGGAGCAGACGCAGCUUCACGCUGGACAAAAGCAGCUAACUGACUGACCUUCUGUUGCUGGAGGGAGCCAGUCGCCGAAACGUGUGCUUGUUUUUAGUGAGCGCGGCAGCCUGCCCGGAGCAGCCAGCACUUAGGAAGCUUGCCGCCGCCAGAGUGCGAAUCGGUGGGCGCAUGAAUAUUGUACCGCCUGUCAAGUGUCGAGAGAAAGCGCCAGAUAAAACCAAAGCAGCUUUAUUAGGAGCAUACUUAUCUUUCUCUGCAAAUCGAACAAAUAUAAAGACAAUACAGAUAUGAAGACAUAUUUGUAAAUGGUAAUAAAUGGGGAAUAGAUUAUAAUUUAUCAUUAGAACACAUGAUCAACAUUAAAAUGUGUCAUAUUAAAAACCUAAAAUUAAAUCGGUUGAACGUUGAAA